UUCGAUAAUACAAAACACGGACAUAGUAAACUAUAAAAAAAGUGAUCAGUGUCUGUUGUAAUGGAUUUAGUAAAACAAAUAACAAUAAUUAGUGUUUUAGUAGUGACAAAGAUCGAAAUGAAACCUUUUUCGUCCUUAAGUAUCCCUGAUUUGUUCAAUUCUAUUGAAAAAGAAAGAACGGUACUAAGAUUGCCGAAAGAUAUAAAUUCAGGCACAAACAUAACGAUUCAAGGAUAUAGCUACAAUGUUGGCAUCACUACUUUCACUGGUGACCAUAUGGAAAAGCAAGACGAAUGUACCAUUGUUUUUGCGCGUCAUACUAGGAAAGAUGAACUGUUGUUACGAAUCGAAAAUCAGAACCAAUCUACGGAGCGCACUUACGAAAUCGACCCAAGAAACAAGGAAGUAAAUUUUACGUUGCAUGUUCUUGCCAACGUUGUUAAGGCAGAGGCAUCGAUGGAUGUACACUUCGAAGAAUCGGAUAGAGGACCUGAGUUUAUAGGCACUUGUACGUUCAAGUCAUUUAAACCUCUCGAAUACAUCGUUAUUAAAGGCGUUGAACAUGUCCAGAAUUUAAACUUCAAUUUUAAACGAGAGUGAGCUUCAAAUGCAAUGGAUUUUUGAUUUUAUGCAAUCACUUCAAUGGUAAGACAAUACUCACGUUGCAAGUACGUUUGCAAUCUUGUACUGAAGGUACAGAAGAAACGUUGAAUAGACGAGGAAUGUGAGGUUCAAUAAUUGACUUAUUGUAUUAUGUCACUGAACCAACAAAAUGUAACCCACGCAUUGGUGCUAAGCGUUUAAAGAGCACCAACUAGCACACGAGGUACUUUAUAUUGCUGACUUUAGGCUGCCUGUCAGCAGAUACAUAUCGAAUAGCUUAAAUGAAACCAAUAGUACUUAGUUGUAUCACGAUAGUUCGUGAGCAUUCUAGAUGGUGCCUUGAAUAAAUAGAAUAUUUUGGGUUCUGUUAGUUGUUCACACAGAACAUUAUUUUGUACUGUCUCUUAGAAUGGACCUUAAAAUUAAUACCGGUUUAACUGUGUCGCAAUCAUGUGCAAUAUUAAUAUGUAU